GAUAGAAACAGAGUAUGACUGUUGACAAAGAACAAGAAAAAGAUGAUCUCCUACCAUUUUACCAAAUAAACCAAGAAAAUAAGGAAGAAGAAGGAAGAAGAAGUCAAGUAAAGUAGGCUACGAUACGAGGCUAUAAACAGAGCACUACUUACUCAUCUCUCUCACACACAUUUUUUCAAACAGAGCACUAUCAGAAAGAAGAAGAAGAUGAGUAGUUCUGUAUCUCCGUCGCACAAUGUCUUCGUCUAUGGCAGUUUCCAGGAACCAGCAGUCGUGGGUUUCAUCCUCGAAUGCACUCCCGUCAUCGUAUCCGCUCAACUCCACGGCUUUCACAGGUACAGACUCAAAGGGCGUUUGCAUCCUUGUAUUGCUCCUUUUGAGACCGGAGUUAUCAACGGCAAGGUACUAACCGGAUUAACAGAUGCUCAGCUAGAGAACUUAGAUAUGAUUGAAGGAGAUGAAUACGAGAGAAAAACUGUUGAGGUUGUAUUGACCGAGUGGAAGCGGCUUCACAUGGAGAAGUUCAUAGAGGCAUCGAAGAAGUUCAUCGAAUGGAAGAAGAAUCCAAAUGGCAAAACAAGGGAAGAGUUUGCCAAAUUUGUAAACGAAGAUCCUCCCGUGGCUUGAAGGAUGUGUUAUCUAAUAUUUAUCUAUCUUUUACUCAAAAAUAAAAGGGUCUGAUCAGUGAUCAAUGCCAUAAGAUUAUAAUAAACUUUGUGAGUUCGAAAACAAAAAGAUGUUGUACUGUAUCUAUAUCUAUAUAUGAACAAGAGGUAUAUGUGUUAA